GCUGUGCAGUUUCCUGACUGUUGCUGGGGACUGCUGAAAGAAAGUAAUAUGCAGCUUUGUUGAAAGCUUUGCUGAGUUUUCUGGAGAUGUGCGGGGUAAUUUUCUGAUCCCGAGGGUCCGUGUCUGCCAAUAUAACUGCCUGACGGUCCUAUGUCACGCUCCCUACAAAUGGAGGCCGUUAAGUCGUUGCGUUUAACAGCUGAGCCAUGUUAUGGAAAUACUAAGUAACCCUGUGCGCAACGAGCUGGGCUUGCUCAACACAGGGCGCUGGACAUGCAGAUGGCUGAGCUUUAUAUGAGGGAAGGAAUUGAUAUACCGGUACCCCGGAGUAUACUCCAUAACUGGGCCAGAUAGCACUGAACUGCAGGCAGAAAGGGCACAAAUGUGAGCACAGCAGGGGCUUUACAAGUUUCACGGUUCGGGAGCAACUUGAAGGUGAAAUGGAUCAGGAAUCGUACGUGCUGGAGCUGCAGAGUCAGGUGCUGGAAACCCUAGCAGAGGAAAGGCUGCAGCAAGCAGCAUAUAGUGUGCAUCUAAAGCAGCCACAACAAAACACAUUAUAUGGGAAGAAAGAAAACACAUGCCUGCAGCACAAAACCUUUAUCAACACCAUAUAUGAGGUUAGCCCUGAGGAAAUGCAUUGUCAGAGUGCACGAAUGCAAACAGAGGAGCCCAUGCAUGAGUUGUGCCAGAGAAAUAUGCAAGAAAAUACUGGACAGAUUCAAACAGUUAAGUAUAAACAGUUCAUUUCUGCACAAGAACAUAAUGCUUUUCAAACCCCUUACCUGUUGAAUUUACAUAGCCCUGAGCUGCAGAAUACAAGACACAAAGCUAAUGAGGUGCUGGAGGAACACACGCACCUAUCAUCUCCAGAGCAACAGAGAGAUGGCAACUUACCUGGAGCGCAGCAGCAAGUAAAUGUGGAGGGAGAAUUAGAGGACCAUAUGCACAGGCUGAAUCUGGAGCACCAACAAGGAAAUGAGCCAUGGGACCAUAUACCUGUGCCUUACCUAGAACAGCAAUUGUAUGUGCCUGAACAGUUACAGGUGCACACCCAAGGGCAGCAGCAGUUUGAACUACCUGACAAUUUGAAGAUUUCUAGUCAGACACCUGUAGGGAGUCGGUUGUCUGAAGCAGAGGAGCCUAUAACUCAAGAAUCACAAGUUCCGAACCUUUCUGAUGGUAGUUACUACUAUCCGGAACCCUUGGACACAGAGGAGCCUCCUCGCAGGCGGGCCAUAUCCCUGCCUGAGAAUCUCGCUCAUAGCGUUCAGUCAGGUAGAGAAGAAGAGAAAAGAAGCUCCCUAGUAGACUGUUGCAAGCUGAAAAAGAAGGUGCAGUUUGCAGAUUCUCUGGGGCUAUGUCUGGCCAGUGUUAAACACUUCCUCUCUUCCGAUGAGCCGUUAGUGCCCUCAGCAGUACUGGCCAGAUUUCAAUGUGACCCUGAGCCCGACUCCUUGGAGGAACUGCAUUGGGAACGCUCUCCAGCCAUAUCCCCUGAACAGCUUGCCAGGCUGGAGCACCAAAAGAUGUUCUUGGAGCAGGUGUCUGUGUCUAGUGUGGGAAUCGAAGGGUCCGUGCUGGUUCAUGAUGCCGAAGCACAGGUUACAAUCAGAUAUACCUUCAAUGAGUGGCUGUCCCAUAUGGAUUUUCUGGCUUCUAUUCCAGAGCACAAUGAUAGCCCUGCUCCAGGGGUGCAGCGUUUCACCUUCACCCUGUGCUACCCGCCUACCACUGCCUGCAUUCACUUUGCCAUAUGCUGUAUCACAAGACAAGGGCAGGAAAUAUGGGACAAUAACCAGGGCAAAAACUACACUGUGAAUUGCAAAACCGACCUUCCCCCUGACAUACCCAUAGAAGAAACCGAACAAGAGUCUUGGGGAGGACAUCGGCAUUGGUAGCCAGUCAUGUAUGCAGGGGUCUUCUGCUGCAAGUGGUUAAUUAACCAGUUUUCUGCCAGAUAGGGCAAUUUCAAUGAUUUCUGUCAAUGUUUAAAUAACUGUUGCGUUGUUGCACUUGUUUUAACUAGUAUGGGGAGUGAACCCUAUUACAAUUUAUAGUAAUGUAUAAGAGUGUGUGUGUGUGUGUAUAUAUAUAUAUAUAUAUAUACCCCUGAGCUUAAAAUAGCACUGGAUCUUAGCACCUUGAUUUAUUUGCAGAAUGUAAUACAUGUUGAUAAAUACUGUUAAUAUUAUUAAGCUGUCUUUAAUGAGCAGUUUAAAUAUAUUGUAAUGCUUCAAAUCAUACUAAUUGAUUCAUUUACUAUGCAGACAUUUUUAUAUUUAAGGGUUUUGAGGGAACUGAAAGGUAAUUUCUAUUAGUUGGUUAAAGGCUUGCAAGUUGCAACAGCACAAAACUUCAUAGGUGUUUUUUUUUUUUUUUUUGUUUAUGUUAACCCUGGAUGAUGCACAUAAUUUCCCACAACUUUUAUAUAGUCCUAUGAAAUUUAUUUUGUUAGAAAGUGUAAUCUGACACUGUUCGUAAUUUCAAGUGAAUGUCAAUUUUGAUGCUAAAGUGCCCAGUUUUUUAAAAUUCGAUUUAAAAACAGGGGCACUUUAAUUCAUCAAAAUUUACAUUUCACUCAAGUUGUGAAAAAAAAACUUGACAGCAGCUCCAGCUUCCUCCGGUCGUUGCAAGCCAUUUCUGACGUUAGAAAUGAUGGAUAGAUCCUCCAAUCACGGCUUCGCCCCCGGGGGAAUCAGUGUCUGAUUCAACACCGUGAUUGGAGGAAGCCGGAUUCCUCAUUUUAGACCCAGGAAGAGACUUUGCGACGAGUGGCGGAAGCUGGAGCAGCUGUCAAGUUUAAAAGGUAAUGGGGUUUUUUUGGGGUUUUUUGUCACAACAUGAGUGAAAUGUAAAUUUUGAUGAAUGAAAGUGCCCCUGUUUUUAAUCAAUCCUUCUUUUUUUUUUUUUUUUUUUUAAACGGGCACUUAAGCAUCAAAAUUGACAUUCACUUUAACUUUGAUGUGCAAUGCAGUGUUUAUUUAAAAAGAUAAUUAGAAAAUAACUGACACUUGCUACUUACAUUUUAUUUUUAACCAAUCCAUGUUAUACUGGUUAAAUGUGUACCCUUAUGGUCUGCAUUAAAAUUCAUCUACUCACUGAUUUAGUUUAGCACAUUAUUUUAUCUCAAUAUUACACUUUUUACUUAGUUUAGCUUUUUGUCUCUCCCACUCCUGUCAUAUUAUCAUGUGGAGAAAGUUUUUGGUAAUGCACAGGCCUGUCUACUUUUUCUCUUUUUUUUUUUUUUAACUUUGCCAUUGUUUUCAAAAACGAGAAAUGAAUAGCUCGGCUUGUGCCAGGUUUGCAGUCAUUUUUUUUCCCUUGUAUAUAUUGGCACUCGUUUCCUAUUUACUUUUUUAAUCCUUUUUUGAAAACUCCAUGUUUCUGUAAGCAAAAAAAAAUGGUUAUUGCUUUCAGCCCAUAAGGUGACACGAACAGUCAAGUUUCUUUCUUACACAAUUUGUUGCCCAUAAAGGGGCACUAAAGCUAUGGGAUUUUUUUUUUUUUUCUUGUUUUUUUUUUCUUUUCUUUAAUGCAUCAAAAAGGUUGCAUUUUAUAAGGUAUUUAACAAAAUGUGCUUCAUAAUAUUUUUGUUUCCUCUUUGUAUGUUCUUGAAGUCAUGUCCCUGACUGCCACACAAUUGAAACUGGAGUAUAGGUGGUUAACAAACAUGCAUUUCCUACAAGCUUCAGUGUCACCCGAAAUAAAUGUAACCUUGCGUGUUGCCCUUUCCUAUCCAUGACUAAACUCUGAAUUUUUUUUUAUUUAUUUUUUUAAAUUUAGUAAACGGGAACAACUAUUUUGCAAACUUUAGGAUUCAGAGCAGACCCCUAUGGUAUUUUGUGGCCAAGCUGUAAUAUUUAGCCAGUAAGUUAUGUUGUCAAUUAAUUUAAAGGGACAGUAUACUGUAAAAUGUUCUCCCCUUUUAAUUAGUUCCCAAUUAUGUAUUUACCUGCUUGAAUGAAAUAACGUUGUUUACAGAUAGCUCCUUUACCUUUUAUUUUGGCAUUUGGUGGAAUCCCCGCCAAUACAGAAAAUUCCAAUACUUUAAAGGACCACUAAAUAAUUUAAUGCAUAAUCGCCAAAUACAUUAUAAAAUGACAAAGUAAUAGUACUUUAUAUUUCAAGUAUUUGAUAUAUCUUUUUUUUUUUUUUCUGGCAAACUUUCAAAGUUAAAUGGGCAGUAAACCUAAACAAUAAUGUUAUAUAAUUCUGCACAUAGGGCACAACUAUAUAACAUUAAUUUAGUGCCAACUUUAUACUUAUACUUCCACUACCAGGGCGGGUGCAAGCUACAGUGAGUUUAAUGGCGCGAUCGGGCCAGCUGUGACUAGACAGCGUGCCGCAAUGCGCUUCUGAAAAGUCCAGACUCACUCGGUAGAGCCAGGAGUGGUGUUCUACAAAUUUCUACUUUGGCAUUAAAAAUCUUUCAAAUAUUUUGAAGUAUAAAGUUGGCACUAAAUUAAUGUUAUGUAGUUCUGUACUAUGUGCAGAAUUAUAUAAUAUUGUUUAGGUUUACUGCCUGUGUAAUUGCAUUUUCCAUCCCCUGUAUCAUGUGACAUCCAUCAGCCAAUCAACAUGCAUAUAGGUAUAUACAGUGCACUCUUGUACAUGCUCAGUAUGAGCUGGUGCCUCAAAGUGUGCAUAUAAAAAGAUUGUGCAUAGUUUGCCAAUGGAUGUAAAUUGGAAUUUGUUUCUGUAAAAUUGCAUUCUCUAUCUGAACCAUUAAAGUUAAAUUUUGAA